UGGACGUGCUUUUCGCUUGGCUUAACCCGUCGAUUCCAUGUGCGCUCUGAUCUACCGGUGCAGCAAGGCCAGCAUUAGUGGAGUGUGUUUUUUGAAAAUAAGAAUCCGAUAGUCCGAUAUUUUGUCGUCGUGGGAAAUUUAUUUUUAAUUGAGUGUAGCCUACAUACAUACAAGAAGAUCGUUUCACCAGUGCAGAAGUGGAGAGUGCAGAAGCAAUAUAGAGAGAGCAGUGGCAGCGGAUGAAGAAAAGAGCAAACACCUGGCACCGGGCGAUGAUGGAUUAUUAAUUGUGAUACAAUGUGGUGCACGCUGAUCGUUGGUGUGUGGAGGAGACGCUUGGUGGAUUAUUGCGAAACGAUCGAACUGAGUGAGUGGAGCUAGAGAGAUUUUGAGUUGAGGCAAAAGUUUUUCGCGAUUGCAAGGAAAAUGAAUUAAAAAUAGCACUCCCGGAGUUUUGGAAUCGAAGUGUUAAAAACCGACGUGCGAUCGUGUGGCACAUUGCGAUAAAUAUGUGCAUCGGCAUCGUCAUCAGCCGCGUGGUGGAAAAGGGAAACGAACGAGAGAAGUGUUGAAAUUUGAUACUUUUCAAAUACUAAAACCCGCGCGCAGUUGGAGGUUCGUUCGAGGAGGUUCAAAGAUCUGUGAGACGACCGAAACAGCAAAACGGCAGCAGCUCGAGAUGGUGUUGUUGUUUGUAUCACCGGGACGUUUUGCACUGGUAUUAUACAGUCAACAGUAGGAAAUUGGCGCACAUAUUGCAGCAACGGAGCACCCAUUGGUGUCGUGAUCAAUUUUAUUCAGUGUCGAACAGCAAAUUGAGAAAUUGAAAGUUUACACAAAGUCGGUUACAAUGUUGUAAUAGGAGCCGUUGGAUUUUUUUUUCUUCUGGUGGCAUUCACCGGAACGUAGGAAAUCGGUGGAAUAAUCAGAGUGACAGUGUUGCUGAGCAUUGUGAUUAGAUUAACAUUAAUCGAUAAUUUGACGCAGUCCAUCCGCUUUGCCGUUUGAAUGAGUUUUGACAAGCAAUCCGCGGCACAGACCCAGCAGGGCAGAGCCGCAUAAACAUCGCAAUCAAGAUCAUCUCCAAACGACAUUAAAUCAACCGUGCACAGCUUCAUGCCACCACUGCCUGCCGUCGUCGGCAGGAGAUACAAAUGGAACAAAAAUAUGCAGAUCAUAUGUAGAAGCCGUUUCAGGUUACACACUACUCGCUCGCCUGAUCCAAUGGCCGAUCGGAUGGAAUCUUAAUUUUGAAAUCAAAACUUUUUACCCGCUCGAUUAGACCGCGUGAGACAGUUUCUCCGAUGCUGAUGCCGUUCGUGUGCAUCAACAACAACGGAGCAGAUUAGUGACGUCACGCCGCCAGUUGCUACAUUAUAUGUAGAGGGAAGAACUACUAAACAGUGAAGCUGAAAAAAAGGGGGAAUACCACGUUCGCGCGCUCUCAAUCGCACGUUGUGGCAUGUGAAAAGGAUCAAAUUUCAAGCAUUAAGCGAGCCGGUGGUGACGGCAUUGCCCUGAGUCACGAAGAGCGUCACCAAAUGGAUCUAGUGAUGGCCACAUCGACCGCGACAUCGUCGAAGAGUUCGCCCUCGCCCCAUCGGAUUAAGGUCAAGAAGGAGGUAUGCACCGAACCGGACAACAUCAAGGACUUUGCCGAGACGGCCAUGAACGACAUUCUCGGCUGGUACGGCUACGGGGACAGUGUGGAUCACCGUAUCGAUAUCGCACCUCCACCCCCACCCCCACCGGGAAGCGAACCCACCAGCCAAAGGACCAACGGUAGCAGCAACAAGGAUGGAACCAACCCAUCGUCCUCAUCAUCAUCGUCGUCAUCCUCCACGACGGCGUCGGUGGCGGCGUCGAAAUCGAAGCACAACAAGACACAACAGCACAAGCCAAGGCAAUUCAAUAUGCUGCAGCAUAAUUCCAGCGAGCUAAGUGAUACUAUUGCAUCGGCAGCAGUCGCAUCAGGUGUAGUUUCACCAGCAUCGUCGUCCUCGUUGGGGAAGGCUGGCAAUAAUAAUAAAGCUACUGCCAAUAGCAGCGAUGGAAGAGGAGGAGGUAGCAGUAGCAAUAAUAAUAACAACAACAGCAGCAACAACAACAACAACAACAACAACAGCAGCAGCGGCAGCAACACUAGAAAUGGUGUUAAUUUACUUCACCAUGGCGAAAGUUCCACAUCCGAGAAGGAUAGCUCCCGGGAGAGUUCGAAAAGUCCACUGCUGGUGAAGAUGCUAGACAAGCAAGAACCCAUCUGCCAGUGGUGUCGGCGGGGUGUCCCUCCCGGGCAAUCCGGAAUUCUCGGCACCACGGAGGGAACCAUCUUCUGUUCGGAAUCGUGCUUCUCGCAAAGCCGUCGAGCUUCGUUCAAGCGGGCCAAAACAUGCGACUGGUGCCGCCACGUACGACAUGCCGUCAGCUACGUGGACUUCCAGGACGGUGUCACGCAGCUGCAGUUCUGCUCGGACAAGUGUCUCAAUCAGUACAAGAUGCAAAUAUUCUGCAACGAAACCCAGGCUCACCUGGAUCUGAAUCCACACCUGAAGGAGAAGAACGCUUCGACAGGAAGCCUAAUAACCCCGGACCUAUGGUUGAAAAACUGUAAAAGUCGAUCGGCAUCUCCGGGGUCGGAUCGUUCCGAGUCAGUGUCUCCAGCGCCAUCGAUAGCGAUGCGUCCAUCACCGGAACCGUCUCCUGUGAUGCAAUCACCGCCACCUCCCAAGAAACCGAUGAUCUCCGUAGCACCUGCUUCGAAGCUGCUGUCGAAGAACAUUCAAUCCCCGACGGCCAGAAGUAGUGCCAAGGCCAAUCGAAAACGCCGUCCCGGACUCCGUCCCAUACAGCACACCGUUCUUCAGAAUCGAAGAAACUCUAAUCACAAACUGGACUACACUCAACCCAACAACAAUAACAAUUCCAGCGUCUUAAACAACAACUUGACAUCCAGCAGUUCAUCGAUGCUAUCGAAACCAGCCACCGUCACCAGCGGUGGAGUGCAGGAUCUACGCGCUGGCAUGCCAAUGCCAAACCUACCACACCCGCUCACUCCGACCAAAUUCGAAAAUCGGGAAUCUCCAAACACUCCUCGGCCACCACCACUCAACAUCCCCCAUCAGUUUCUACAAUUCCCACCGAAUCCGGGUCUGCGGCCACCGUUCUUUCCAAUGAAUCCCAUGUUUCGAUUUGGAUCCCCACCAAAUCAACAUGCCAUGCCACCACCGCCACCAGUUGGAACUCCCCUACCUAACCUAGAUCCCUCAUCGAAUCGUCAACCCCACUCGAUGCUGGGCUUCCCCGUCCCGCCGGUUACCAUCCUAGUUCCCUGUCCAAUCGUGAUACCUCUCCCUAUACCGAUACCAAUUCCCAUCCCUCUGAUCGAUUUCCUCAAAGCGACCAACCCCAAAUCACCCAAGGUGGAACCGGCGGUCAGUCAGUCACCGGUACAUCGUCCAGCUGAAUCACCACUGAACGAUACCCGCGAGGACGUCAGCGAUCCGGAAGACUGUCCGCUGGAUUUCACCACCGUCAGCCAUGAUCAGCGAAGGCAACAGGAACGGGAACUAGCGACCACCCGAAGAAGUAGCUACUCGCUGGAGGCAGUCGCCGCCGGGAAUUCAAAGCCAGACGAAGCGGACCGAAGUCCGGAGCACAAGUUACCUAAGUUUAAAAUUACUCGCUUGAAUAUUAGGCGGAUGGAGGAGGCGGAGGAGGAGGAGGCGGCGGAGGUCGGUGUAGGGGGUUCGAGGACUGCGGGAAAGGUUAGGGAGAAGCGAUCACCCGAGGAAGAGGAAGCGGACCACUGCCGGGAGAUGGUGGAACGGAGCAGACCGUUGAGGAAAAGGAAACGAUUGGUGGAUCAUCACGAGGAGCUGAUGGCUAGGGAGGAGGAUUCAGCAGGUGCUAAAGGUUAAUAUCGGUUAGCCGGUAGGUUUUAGGUCGUAGGGUAACAGAUGAACUGCGUCACAGCAGUUUGUGCAACCGUUGUUUAACUGAAAGUCGAUGGGUAUUGCACAAAAAGUAGUAGGUGGUGGUUUUGGUUGGAUGUUUUACGCGAUGCGGCUCAAAGAUGCGUGUGGUUUCACAAAGAACUCUGGAUUCGGGAUUAGGUUUUUUUUCCCGUAAAAUGGCCAUGACUUUUUGACAAAUGGAGAAGGCCUGGGAUUAUGUUUUUCUAAGCUUAUCACACUUUCGAUUUGUCCUACUUGCUAAGGAUCUUUAUUUUGUUGCUCAAGCGGGAUUUGCGCCUCGUUC